AUUCCAUUAUAAGAACUCCAUCAGGAUGAGGUUAAGUAAAUAUUAAUGUUUUGUGUUUUCUUGUUGAAUAAUAUAGCGAUUGAAUAAUGCAAUUAAAAAUGUUACAUAAAAAGGUAUGUGUAUGUAUCAGUUCAGCUGUAGAAAGUAAACAUAUGAUAGCUUUCUACUGCGGGCACAAUAUGGCUAUUUCAAUUAGAUGGGGGAAUAACACCAAUCAGAAAUCGCGAUGCCGAUGUCGCUUCUCUCAUAUAUAGGACUUUAAUCUUUUUAUUAAGUCCAGGCUGCAAUCUGCAACUUCUAGGCAGUUAAGCCUCAAGCGAGUAACAGAGGGAACCAAAGUAUAUGUAUAAAUGAUGGCAAAUACAGCAGAGAAAAAAUCCAAAGUAGAAUUAUUACCAUGCAGCUUCAAAUUUCAUAAUUUUGUUGCCAAAAUUGGUGAUACUAAUAUUAAUUGCCAAAUAAUAAGGAUGGAAGAUUCUUUAUAUCUGUGGAUUGGAGAUUCCGUUAAUGGCAGCAUGGAAGACUUGUCUUUUGCUCUUACAUCAAGUUUCGAGAAACAGCCUAUUGCAACCAAAAUUAUGGGCUCUAUAGCAAAUGCUACAUCCACAAAUAUGGCUAAGAGAUUAAGCAUGAAGUUUGGAAAAGCAAUAUAUGUUAGUUUUAAUAUAACUCCAAACAAUAUAAUAUUACCAGGAAUUGAAAAAAGAAUUCAAGAAGAGUUCAAGACACAUGUAGAUCUAUUGAGUUUUUGACUUCGUUUAUUGAUAAAAACACUUUAAAUAUUCAUUUAAACAUAAUUUUGUAUAAUGUAAUAACUUUUAAUAUUUGUAAUUAAUUUAAAAUGUUAAUGUAUUAUAAAAAUUUUGGAUUCGAAGGAUAAUAUGUUGUCAUCUAUUUAUCAAUUAUUAUAUAUGUGGAAGUAAACUAGAUAAUUUAUUAGUGAAGAAAAAAGAUUAAUUUUUUUAUAUUUAUUCUUUAAAAAUUCAAUGAUUUGAUACAACUUAAUUGUUGAUAUCCGUUAGCAAAUUAGUUUUGAUUUUAUUAAUUUUUCUAAUUAAUAACAAUACCUUAAAUCAAUACGAUUUCUUCAUCAUCGUUAUUUGAUAAUAAAAUUUGAUAAUAAAAAUA